AUGGUUGAGGAAAAUGAAAUGGAACAAGGAGAAGAUGGUGAUGCGUCGUCUUCAAAUGAUGAUGAAGAGAUGGACGAGGAUGAAGUAAAAACUCGUGAAUCUUCUAAGAAGGCAUACAUUCCUGGUGUUAGCCGGCCAUUAAAGGAAGGUGAAGAGUGGGAAUUUGAUCCUGAAGCUUACCGCUUAUUCCACGCUUUCAAUACCAAAUUUCCGUGUUUGAGUUUUGACACUAUCCCGGACCAGUUAGGCAACAAUAGAAGUGAGUUUCCACUGACAUGCUAUAUAGUAGCCGGUACUCAAGGAGAUGUACGUCGUAAGAACCAGUUGAUAGUGAUGAAGCUAUGUAAUAUGUACGGUGUGAAAGAAGGUGAGGACGAGUCGGAGUCUGAUGUGUCUGUAGGGGAGGAGGAGGAAGAAAAGGAAAAUGACCCGAAAAUGCAUACUGCAAUAAUUCCUCAUAGUGGAAGAAUAAACAGGAUCCGUGUGGCUAAUCUUGGACAGAGUACGGUUUGUGCAGUUUGGAAUGAUCUGGCAAAAGUUCAGCUAUGGGACGUUAGUAAUCCGUUAAAAGAACUCUUUGACACUGAAGGCGGUAGUUCUUCCACAAAAUUUCCAAAUGAACGUCCUCUGUUUUCUUGCAUCACUCAUAGAGAUGAAGGAUACGGUCUUGCAUGGUCGAAUCUGGAAACGGGAACACUUGCCUCUGGUGAUAACAAAGGAGAAAUGAACAUUUGGAAGAUGGGUGAUGGAGGUACUUGGAACGUUAGUCAGAGGCCGUUUAAAGGGCAUAAAGGUUCUGUUGAAGAUAUUGCUUGGUCUCCCACUGAGAUGGCGCUCCUUAUAUCAGCUUCUUCCGACGGUUCUAUUAAAUUAUGGGACACCAGGUCUUCUCCCGCUGAAGCUUGCGUGUGUACCAUUCCAAAUGCACACGACUCAGACGUUAAUGUUCUUUCAUGGAAUGAACAUGAGCCAAUUAUUGUGUCUGGUGGGGACGAUGCAGUGCUGAAAGUUUGGUCUUUGAAAACUGUGCAGUAUGGAGAGCCGGUAGCUCGGUUUAAGCAUCAUCAAGGCCCCAUCACUUCUGUUGAGUGGUGCCCUCAGGAGUCGACUACUAUGAUGGCUUCUGGAGAGGACGAUCAGGUUACCAUCUGGGAUAUUGCGGUGGAAGCGGAACCUGGGGAGAACCUGCAGGGGGUCCCUCCACAGUUACUUUUUGUUCAUAUGGGACAGAAGGAAAUCAAGGAAGUAAGUUACUCAUUUUGA